AUGCGUCUCUCACCUCCGCUGGACCCCUAUACAGCUACCGCCAUGAUUCUUCACGAUCUGAAAAGAUACCAUCAUGGCAAAUCUAAAGAGGUAUCGGUGAGUCCUUUCUCUGAUAAGCCACUGAAGAGAUAGCAGAAGGUGUUUUCUUCCGUUCUCUGGGUCCCUCUCCUCUUUCUGCUCAUGGGACAGGGAGCCUCUGAGAAGGAAACAUCCUUAAUUGUGAUAUCAGGGAUGCUAGGGGGUUCUGUGACUUUCCCCCUAAACAUCUCAGGGGAUGCAGAGAUUGAGAAUGUUGCCUGGAGUUAUCCCCCAAAGUCUCUGGCUACAGCAUUCCUCCAAAAACAUGUAUUUAUUGUGGACAAAGACCACAAUGGCCGACUCAACAUCAGCAACACCUACUCCAUGUGCAUCAGUAACCUCACCAAGAAUCAUUCAGGAUCCUACCAGGCUCAGAUAAACCAAAAGAAUUCUGGCCUCACCAGAGUGGAAAAGUUCAUCCUCCGCAUUUAUGAGCAGCUACAAGAGCCUCAACUCACCAUGACAUCUCUGACCACAUCUGAGAAUGGUUCCUGCACCAUCACCCUGAUCCGCACUGUGAAUGGGGAAAAGGACAGUGUCCAACACAGCUGGACCCAAAAGGACACUGAUUUUAAUAAAUCCCAUAAGGACCCUAUCCUCACCGUUUCCCAGAGUAUCUGUGACCCAGACCUACCAUAUACCUGCACAGCCAGGAACCCAGUCAGCCAGAACAGCUCCCAACCUGCCCGUGUCUGACAGUUUUGUACAGAUUCAGGAGCCUCCAGAGGAAACACAGUGGGGGAGACAGUGGUAGGGAUCCUGGGAGAGCCCAUGACCCUGUCCUUGGCAUUUCUAGACAGUCAGGACACGAAGAACGCUGUCUGGGUGUUUAACAAGUCAAUUAUCAACCAAAAAUGGGAAGGAGCAGCAACAGCAGAUCCUCACCAUAAGCCCAAUGGUCCUAAAGAAAGGAGGGUGUGGGUCUCUGGCCAGGCCCACUCCCUGAAGAUCAGCCAGCUGGAGAUGGAGAAUGCCGGUGCCUACCAUGCCUAUGUGUGCUCAGAGGUCUCCAGAGACGCCAUCAUGAGACACUUCACCCUGCUCAUCUACCAGAGACUAAAGAAGUCCAGUGUCACCCAGAGUUAUGUGCAAAGGAAGGACAGCAUCUGCAAGGUACAGUUAACCUGCUCAGUAGAAGAUGGUGGAAACAAUGUGACAUACACAUGGACGCCCCUGCCUUUUAUGUCCCAAGUGGAGUCACAUCUCAGCGUCUCCUGGAGAUGUGGCUGUGAGAGAAACCUGAAGUUUUGGAUCUGGCUUCUGGUGCUCAUCAUUUGGUUCCGGGGGAUGCUGGUUGGGUGGUGCAUUUUGAAGCAAAAGAAACAGUGUUCAUCUUUGGCCAUCAGGUGCAGCCAAGCCAAGACCCUAGCUGAAAUAUCAGAGACCCCAGCUGGCCCCAUGAGAUUUUCUGUGUUCUCUCAAUGGUAUGAGAAUCUAGACAUGCCUGCUGAGACUACAAGGCUUAAGCCCACCUCGGACACCAGCUCUGACAGCAGUGCCACAAUAGAAGAGGAUGAAGAGGAUGAGGAAAAGACCAGAAUGCACAGCAGUGUCGAUGGAAGAAGUGAGAUGUAUGACAUGGGCACUCAGGGGAACACUGCACAUGGCUUGGCCUCUGAGAGGCCACCAGAGCUUGAAGUGGUCACGCCAGAUGUCAUAGGGGUCAAGUCUGAGGUUGAAGAGGACAUUGCAUACCUACAAGUGUACCUUAAUGUGCAGGGAAAGAUCCCAGUUCCUCAGAAGAAAGAAAACCCAAACACAAUCUACUGCUCAGUACAGAAACCUAACACGAAUUUUCAGGACUUACACUAA